GGGCGGGGCGGAUAGUGGAGGACGCCCAAGGGCGGUGAGGCUCCGCCUCUCCCGCCGUCGAAGCGCGUGUGCGCACGCGGAACCCGUUCCCUUUCCCCCUCCCUUCCCCUUCCUUCCCUCCCCUCCCCGUCUCUCCCCAAUCUGCGAGUCUCCUCUGAAUCCCCGCGAAGUUAUUCGCUCAUCUUCUCGCGAGAGUCCGGACGGUGAGGAACCGGCUGCUGAAGAGGGGCUGCCGGGCUGAGUGCGGCGGUACCGAGUGUGCGGGCGCCCGGGAUAAGGAAACCAAGGCCCAGAGAGAUUGAUUUAUCCAGUAUCAUACAGAUGAUAAUAAUAAAGCUGAGAUUCAAAUUGAGUUUCAGACUGGUGACAUUGCAGCAAUGGCAGAGUAUGGAAUCUUAACUGGUCAGCGUGUGGCAGUGAUCUGGGAUAGGUCAUCUCCGUUGGAGGCUCUGAAAAGUCUGGUGGAUAAACUACAGAAACUGGCUGGUGAUGAGAGUCACGUGUCUGUGGAAAACAUCAACCAACUGUUACAAUCUGCUCACAAAGAAUCCACCUUCGAUGUUGUUCUCUCGGGUCUGGUUCCAGGAAGUACAAUAUUGCAUAGUACUGAAAUUUUGGCAGAAAUUGCUAGGAUCCUUCGACCAGGUGGGCAAGUCCUUCUGAAGGAGCCAGUGGAGACAACCUCAAUUCAUGAAAACAAAGUGAAGACAGCAGCUAAAUUAUGCUCAAUCCUGAAACUUUCUGGGCUUGUGGAAGUAAAGGAGUUGCAAAAAGAAUCCUUAACCCCAGAGGAGGUACAAUCAGUACAAGAGCACUUGGGUUACCAGAGUGACAGCUUGGUCUCUGUUCAAGUCAUAGGCAAAAAACCAAACUUUGAAGUAGGCUCUUCUACCCAGCUUAAGCUUUCCUUCCCCAAGAAGUCUGCCAUAUCAGAGAAACCUGCUGUGGAUCCUAAUGCUGCCAAACUGUGGACGCUUUCAGCCAAUGAUAUGAAUGAUGAUGGCAUGGAUCUCAUUGAUUCCGAUGAACUCUUGGAUCCAGAGGAUUUGAAGAAGCCAGAUCCAGCUUCCCUACGAACUGCUUCAUGUGGAGAAGGGGCAAAAAGGAAAGCCUGUAAAAAUUGCACGUGUGGCUUAGCAGAAGAACUGGAACAGGAGAAAAUGAAGGAGCAGAAGAGAUCCCAACCCAAGUCAGCUUGUGGAAAUUGUUAUUUAGGUGAUGCCUUCCGCUGUGCCAGCUGCCCCUACCUUGGGAUGCCAGCCUUUAAACCUGGAGAGAAAAUCAUUUUGAAUGAAAAAAAUCUUCACGAUGCCUAAAAGACAAAAUCAUUGGGACUUGUGGGGAUUAUUCCAUUUCAAAAACUGAUUCCAGCUCUCAUUUCAGCAACCCUUCAAGCCCUAUCUGUUUGCCUCAUGCCUCCCUGGUUCUGCCUACACUCUGAGAUGGGAUCCUAGAUGGGUUGGCUUGGUAGAUAUACAGAAAUUUGGGUAUCUGUGCUGCUGUGAACCAAAGGACUGAGAUAUAAUCAGCCAGAUUAAUUUGCAUUGGGCUAUCUGAUUUUUCAGUGGGACUUGAAAGGAAAGUAUAGGGAAUUUCCAUCUAAUUAAUGCUGGCAGAAGGAGGUAUACACUGGAGAAGUUACCUUCUCCAUGUUAACAUUUGGUAACCUGAUCACACUGUAUUUGGGACCUGAGCCCAACCUCUCUUGUCAGCUUGGAUCAUAUCACCCUUGAACAUGAUAGUUUUCCUUUAGUGUUAAACUUCUGUGAUGUAUUGCCAGAUCACAGAUCUGCGUCCUAAAUUGAUUGAUAAUUUAACUGUUUUAUGAGCAAGCACAUUUAUUCAGUUUGUGGUUAUUGGAAAAGAUAGUCAAGUGUUGUAUGAACUCCUUACAAUAACUAGCUUCCAGUCCAAAUGGAUUUCUGAAAACUUGAACCAUUCAUAUUUUUUAAUUAAACCCAGCCUCACUGUCUCAAACCUUUGUUAUUGUGAUCUGACCAUUAUUGAAUUAUUGGAGCUGUUUCCUUUUUCCAUGUCUGCGAACUUAUAGGUAUUAGAAUAAUGCACUUCUAUAUAGCAGCUCCACGGGUGUGUGUGUAAGAGAAAAAACUUAGUUGUUACUAUAGCAUACUUCUUUCUACCAGUUUGUGUGUGAGUGAAUGAGAGAGAACUCAUUUUGCAAUAAGCAACGAAAACACUUUCAUCUAAGUGAGGGGUCUAAGCUCACUUCUGUCUUUAGAUAGCACAUUCAUAUUAUAUGUCGUGGCAUACCAGGGAGUCAGUGUCAUAAGAAAUAACCCUUCAAUUAUGGAAUAGAGUGGCCUUUCUUCAUCUACUCAGAACUAUUUUGUGUGAUCUGGAGAUCAAGACAAAAACCAGCUGUAAUUGGUGCAAGAUUCACUCUUGUCCUUCUUGCUAGUGACCUUAAGGACUAGGAUCCGAUUUUGCCAAAUGUUGACAAAUGUGUGGAUUUAGGGGAACUAGAAUUGCAGCUCAGUGACUGGUAAAUAAAGUUUUAAAUGGUCUUAAUCUUUGAAA